CCCCGGGAUUCUUCCAGAAAGUCGCCGGCUGAUCCGCGCGGCCGCGUGCACCGAUAACACCUUCUCAGAUCAGAGCGUUGCCGUUAACCGCGCGUGUCGCCGCCGUUCACGAUGUCCACGUUAGGAACGCUCGCCUUCGAUGAAUAUGGGAGGCCCUUCAUCAUUAUUAAGGACCAGGAGAAGAAAUCUCGCUUGACGGGCCUCGAUGCUCUGAAGUCACACAUUAUGGCAGCGAAGGCAGUUGCCACGACCCUCAAGACGUCUCUUGGCCCCAACGGACUUGAUAAGAUGAUGGUGGACAAGGAUGGCGAAGUGACCGUUACCAAUGAUGGCGCAACUAUUCUCAGCAUGAUGGAUGUGGAUCACCAGAUCGCCAAGCUCAUGGUUGAACUCUCCAAGUCUCAAGAUGACGAAAUUGGAGAUGGAACCACUGGAGUGGUUGUCUUAGCUGGAGCGCUCCUGGAGCAGGCAGAGCAGCUCCUCAACAGAGGCAUUCAUCCCAUCCGGAUCGCUGAUGGUUAUGAUCAGGCCGCCCGGACUGCCAUCGAACACCUGGACAAGAUCGGUGACAGCUUUCUAGUGGACCCCAGCAACACAGAGCCCUUAAUCCAGACAGCCAUGACCACUCUCGGAUCCAAAGUGAUCAACCGCUGCCACAGACAGAUGGCUCAGAUUGCCGUCAAUGCCAUCCUGACCGUGGCAGACAUGGACAGGAGGGAUGUGGACUUUGAGCUGAUCAAGAUGGAAGGGAAGGUGGGAGGUAAACUGGAGGACACGCAGCUCAUCAAAGGAGUGAUCGUGGACAAAGAGUUCAGCCAUCCUCAAAUGCCCAAGGUGUUAAAGGACACAAAAAUUGCCAUCCUCACCUGCCCGUUCGAACCUCCCAAACCUAAAACCAAGCACAAGCUUGACGUAACCUCUGUGGACGACUACAAGGCUCUGCAGAAGUACGAGAAGGAGAAGUUUCAGGAGAUGAUUCAGCAGGUAAAGCAGAACGGUGCCAACCUGGCUAUUUGCCAGUGGGGCUUUGAUGAUGAGGCCAACCACCUUCUGCUCCAGAAUGGGCUUCCUGCUGUCCGCUGGGUCGGUGGGCCCGAGAUUGAGCUCAUCGCUAUCGCCACCGGGGGGCGGAUCGUGCCACGGUUCUGUGAGCUGACGCCGGAGAAGCUGGGCAUGGCGGGUCUGGUGAGGGAACUCUGUUUCGGCACCACCAAAGACCGCAUGCUCGUCAUCGAGGAGUGCAAGAACUCCAGAGCCGUCACCAUCUUCAUCCGUGGAGGGAACAAAAUGAUUAUUGAGGAGGCCAAGCGAGCGCUCCAUGAUGCCCUGUGCGUAAUCCGCAACCUGGUCAGGGACAACCGCAUCGUCUACGGUGGAGGCGCGUCCGAGAUCGCCUGCGCUCUCGCCGUGAAUGAGGCAGCCGAGAAGUGCCCCUCUCUGGAGCAGUACGCCAUGAGGGCGUUUGCUGAUGCUCUGGAGGUCAUCCCUAUGGCGCUGGCCGAGAACAGCGGCCUGAAUCCAAUCCAGACAAUGACGGAGGUCCGGGCCCGGCAGGUCAAAGAGAACAACUCUGCGCUGGGGAUCGACUGCCUGCGUCUGAACACAAAUGAUAUGAAGCAGCAGCAUGUGAUCGAGACCCUUAUUGGAAAGAAACAACAAAUCUCCCUGGCAACACAAGUGGUGAAGAUGAUCUUGAAGAUAGAUGACAUCAGAAAUCCAGGCGAAUCUGAAGACUAGUCACCAACCUUGAACCUCAUCGAAGGGUCUCGAGCACUUUGACCAGAAUGUCAUUGUCUGAACCUUCUUACUGUUAUCAUUUGAUGCGCUACUUCUAAUGUAUAGACCAGAAACGAUCAUUAAAGUCCUCACCUGUAAAACUUUGA